GUAAGUCUUUAUAAAGAUCAGACAACUACUUUUGCCAGCAUUGCUUCCCAGUUUUUCUUCACCUACUUUUCUACGACCCAUAAAAAAUGUCUCGUUACAAUUUCUUCUUAUUCGCUGCCGCUUUAAUGGCAUGUGUCUACAUUAGCAAUGCAAACCCUGUGAAACGUCAAGCGAAAAUGGGUUCAAGUCCUAUGGAUUCAGAUUCUUUAGGAUCAAAUUCUUCUGGGUCAGACUCAUCAGCUCCACCACCAAGUUCAGGGUCAGAAUCUUCUUCAUCAGAUUCAGGAUCAGGUUCUUCAGGAUCAGGAUCUUCAGGAUCAAGUUCAUUCACUACUGGCGGGUUAUUCGCAACUCUAGCAAGAUUUAUUGCAAAACUUCCAGUUGCUGGUGGUAUAGCUUCUACGAUAACCGACCCCAUUUUGAUUAAUCUUGGAAAAUUCUUAGGAUAAUUUAAUCAUUUUUCAUUAAACUUUUUUUUCAACGUCUUAAUUUUAUUUAUAAAUUUUUAUUAUGCAUUU